AUGAAGGUUAUCAUUCUCCUCGCCGCUCUUGCUGUCGCCCACGCUGGCUUCGUCGGCCAUGCCGGCUUCGGCUACGGCCACGGUGGCUACGGCCACGGCCACGGCCAUGUCGCUGUCGCUAAGGUGGCUGUUGCCGCCGAAUCCGGACACUCCUCCCAGCACAGGUCUCAGGAUCUGAAGGGCAACUACAACUUCGGAUACAAGGAGAGCCACACCAGCGGCGGCUCCUUCCGUCAGGAGUCCGGAGACGCCUGGGGCAACAAGGUCGGAUCCUUCGGUCUCACCGACGCCGACGGUCGCGUCCGUGUCGUCAAGUACGUCGCCGACGGCCACGGCUUCCGCGCCCAUAUCGCCACCAACGAGCCAGGAACCGCCGCCUCCCACCCUGCUGCCGCCUCCUUCAGCGCUCCCCACAAGGUGCCCGCCGUCGGCCUCGGAGUCGCUAAGGUCGCCGUCGCUGCCGCCCACCCAGUGGCCUCCUACGCCGUUGCCCCAGUCGCAUACGGUCACGGAUACGGACACGGUGGAUACGGACACGGUGGAUACGGACACGGUGGAUACGGACAUGGAUUCGGGCACGGAGUUGUCCUCGGCCACGGUGGAUACGGACAUGGAUUCGGCCACUUUGGAGGCUACGGCCAUGGAUUCCACGGUUAA